CUUUCUCAUCUAUUUUGCUUCGUAUUCUCGGCUCCUCUUUCCCUCCCUUUCCCCUUCAAUCACAUCUCUCAAAAUACCUUUCCUUUCGUCUGAGCUUUCUACAAAAAUCAACCCCCUCAUCGCCUCAAAUCUGUUCUCAAAUUCUUUUACAAAUCUUCUUAUAUAUAUUUUUAGUUCAUUUUUUUGAUUCCUUGCCGUGAGCAUCGCAAGGAUUGGAUUCUUUUCAUCUUCAAAGUUCAAUCAUCUCCUCCAUAUUUUCCCCCCUACACUAAUCUCUGCAGUCUGACAAUUUCGAUUUGAAGAUCCUUUUCUUUAUCCUUGUGUGCAUUUUUUGGGGAAAUACAUUAUCCCACCCUCCCCCAAAAGACAGAAGAGCUUUUUUGUUCGUUUUGGGGCUUGGGGUUUUUGCUCACUGACUAUCUUCUGUUUGUUAGAUUCUUCAUUCUGUACCAUAUUCUGGGCUUUUAAGUGUGGUUUUGAAGUAUUUUUGGCGGUGUGGAGUUGGAUUUUUUAGCUUUUAGUUUAUUUUUUUCCGAAGCUUGGAAGUUUUUCUUCAUCGUCGCGUUUAAUUCGAAGUACUUGGAUCUGGGAUGCGCUUGGAGAUUGAAAUCCUUAGGAAUUUGCGGAUUGGCAGUUGAACUAUUUCUAAAAAGGUAAUAUUUUGGAUUGCUGGUUCUGCUGGAUUGGGUUUUGAACUGUAAUUCGAUUCUAGCAACAUCAUGGAGCAUGUAAUUGGUGGAAAGUUUAAGCUGGGCCGGAAGAUUGGAAGCGGAUCCUUCGGUGAACUGUAUUUGGGUACUAAUGUGCAAACAGAGGAGGAAGUGGCUGUUAAGCUGGAAUCUGUGAAAACCAAGCAUCCUCAGCUUCACUAUGAGUCAAAACUCUACAUGCUUCUCCAAGGAGGAACUGGUAUUCCUCAUCUCAGAUGGUUUGGAGUUGAGGGUGAGUAUAAUGUCAUGGUUAUUGACCUCCUUGGGCCAAGCCUUGAAGAUCUGUUCAACUACUGUAGUCGGAAACUGUCCUUGAAAUCGGUUUUAAUGCUUGCCGAUCAGUUAAUAAAUCGAGUUGAGUACAUGCACUCACGGGGUUUCCUUCAUCGCGACAUUAAGCCCGACAACUUUCUAAUGGGACUGGGGCGGAAGGCUAACCAGGUAUAUAUUAUUGAUUAUGGUCUCGCAAAAAAGUAUCGGGAUCUUCAAACACACAAGCAUAUACCGUACAGAGAAAAUAAGAAUCUCACAGGAACCGCUCGCUAUGCGAGUAUUAAUACUCACCUUGGAGUUGAGCAAAGCAGAAGGGAUGAUCUUGAAUCUCUUGGCUACGUGCUUAUGUAUUUUCUCAGGGGAAGCCUUCCCUGGCAGGGUCUGAAAGCAGGGACUAAAAAGCAAAAAUAUGAUAAGAUUAGUGAAAAGAAAAUGGUCACUCCAAUCGAGGUACUCUGUAAAUCUUAUCCAACAGAAUUCACAUCAUACUUCCACUAUUGCCGAUCUCUAAGAUUUGAAGACAAACCAGAUUAUUCUUAUUUGAAGAGGCUUUUCCGCGAUCUUUUCAUUAGAGAAGGUUACCAAUUUGACUACGUGUUCGACUGGACUGUAUUGAAAUACCCACAGACUGGCUCGAGUUCUAGAACACGAGCCACUGGGAAAGCAGCUGUAAACCCUGGACCAUCUGCAGAACGAGUGGAGAGGCCUUUAGUGGGACAAGAUAUCCGAGAUAGAUUCUCGGGUGCGGUAGAGGCUUUUGCUAGAAGGAAUUGCUCUGGGCAUGGUCUACACAGUGAUCACUCCAGACACAGAUCUGUGCCUUCUUCCAAGGAUGUGCAACCAGAUUCAGAAAGAGCUCGGAGUUCUUCUCGGCAAGGCAGUGCUUCUAAGAGGCCUGUAUUGUCAAGCAGCCGGCCCAGCUCCUCUGGGGAGCCAAGCGAACUCCGGUCAAGCCAACUUUUAUCAAGCAGCAGUCGUCUCUCUGCUUCUACUCAAAGGAUUCAACCCGGGACCGAGUCAAAAUCAUCCUUUCUCCGUUCUUCAGCGACAAAAGGCAGCCGUGAUGAUGCACUUCGAAGCUUUGAAUUAUUAUCAAUUGGCACUGGAAAGAAGAAAUAAAAACUUGAUCAUCAGGUGAGGAAGUACAAGCAUUCUCUGUAGUUCCUGUUGGAUUUCAUCAAUAUGGUUACAAUUUUAACAUCUGUAAUGAUGUCUUCGUAUUCAUCGUCGGAUUCCAACCCCGCCCCGGUAUGUAUAUGUGCCUCUUCAGGGGUUCAUAUGAUUACUUACAAACCUUUUUAGAUUCAUCAAACAGAGAGAUUAACAAAAGCUCUCGGGAAAUUGUAUCAUUUGAGGCGGCAGUAACUGUAAUAAAUUACCCCUCUCGAAUUCGUUCUUUCAUGGAAAAGAGCUUCGACAUGAACCCGAAAGAGGUAUACACCCCUGUGGCCUUAGCUGAUGAUGCAAAGGGAUGGAGACGAUUCCAGCUGAUCUUUUUGGAUGAAUAGAAAGAAAAGUUAGCUUUAACUUUC